CCAGUGGCACGAGCAGGGAGAGAGCGGACAGGGAGCCCGCUGCUGCCACCUCAACAUGGAGUAGCGAGACCCCUGCAUUUACUGCUAAGAAGCGGAUCCCACAGGGAGGAAUACGCGACGGCCUCUGUCUAGUUUAUCCGCCUACGAGCCCGCAAAUGAUACAGCAGCAAAUAUUUUUAGAUAUCGCAAAGGAAAGCUCGGCUUUUAUUUGAAAGAUGGCGAACGACUCUCCAGCUAAAAGUCUAGUAGACAUAGACUUGGCUUCAUUGCGGGAUCCAGCUGGGAUAUUUGAAUUGGUGGAGGUAGUUGGAAAUGGCACCUAUGGACAAGUAUACAAGGGACGACACGUCAAGACUGGACAGCUGGCUGCCAUCAAGGUCAUGGACGUCACGGAGGAUGAGGAGGAGGAAAUUAAACUGGAGAUCAAUAUGCUGAAGAAGUAUUCCCACCACAGAAACAUAGCCACCUACUAUGGGGCUUUCAUUAAGAAGAGCCCCCCGGGACACGAUGACCAGCUAUGGUUGGUGAUGGAGUUCUGUGGAGCUGGUUCGAUUACAGACCUGGUGAAGAACACCAAGGGGAACCAGCUGAAGGAAGACUGGAUCGCUUACAUCUCCAGAGAGAUCCUCAGAGGUCUGGCCCACUUACAUGCCCACCACGUCAUCCACCGUGACAUCAAGGGCCAGAACGUCUUGCUGACUGAGAAUGCUGAAGUCAAACUAGUGGACUUUGGUGUGAGCGCUCAGCUGGACCGGACAGUGGGGAGGAGAAACACCUUCAUCGGGACUCCUUAUUGGAUGGCCCCUGAGGUCAUCGCUUGUGACGAGAACCCCGACGCUACAUACGAUUACAGAAGUGAUCUGUGGUCAUGUGGUAUCACAGCUAUUGAAAUGGCCGAAGGAGCACCACCACUUUGUGACAUGCACCCGAUGCGUGCGCUCUUCCUCAUUCCAAGAAACCCUCCUCCUAGGCUCAAGUCUAAAAAAUGGUCCAAGAAGUUUUUCAGUUUCAUCGAGAGCUGUCUGGUGAAGAACUACACGCAGCGGCCCCCGACAGAGCAGCUGCUGAAGCACCCCUUCAUCCGAGACCAGCCCAACGAGAGGCAAGUCCGCAUACAGCUCAAAGACCACAUCGACCGCACCAAGAAGAAGAGGGGAGAGAAGGAUGAGACGGAGUAUGAGUACAGUGGGAGCGAGGAGGAGGAGGAGGAUCCCCCAGAGCAGGAGGGAGAACCAAGCUCCAUCGUCAAUGUGCCAGGUGAGUCCACCCUGCGCCGCGACUUCAUCCGCCUGCAGCAGGAAAACAAGGAGCGGUCAGAGGCUCUCCGCCGCCAGCAGCUCCUCCAGGAGCAGCAGCUCCGGGAGCAGGAGGAGUACAAGCGCCAGCUACUGGCUGAGAGGCAGAAACGAAUUGAGCAGCAGAAGGAGCAGAGGAGGCGACUGGAGGAGCAACAGCGCCGUGAACGGGAGAUGAGGAGGCAACAGGAGCGUGAGCAGCGUCGCCGCGAGCAAGAGGAGAAGAGGCGUAUCGAAGAGAUGGAUCGUAGACGUAAAGAAGAGGAGGAGCGCCGGCGGGCGGAGGACGAGAAGAGAAGGAACGAUCGUGAGCAGGAGUACAUCAGGCGUCAGCUGGAGGAGGAGCAGAGACACCUGGAGAUGCUGCAGGAGCAGCUGCUCCGUGAACAGGCCAUGCUGCUGGAGUUCAAGUGGCGGGAGCUCGAGGAGCAGCGCAAGGCCGAGCGACUCCAUAAGCGCCUGCAGCAGGAGCAGGCCUACCUGCUGUCGCUCCAGCACGAAUCCAAACAGCAGCCUGGUGACAAGACCAAACUCCCCUCAGACCAAAGCAAACCUCCGCAGACCUCCACCCUGCCCCCUGACAGAGUCCUUACGACAGCCCCGCAAGCUCAGGUCCUUGACAGCGUUGUCUCUGUAGCGAGAGGCGCUCACGAGUCCUCCAGAGCCCUUCAGACGAUCCCCGCAGACAGCACUAAGUCCCAGGCAGCAGUGCCAGAAAAGACUCACACUGUUGAGACCUGUCCCAGCCCCAGCCCCCCUCAGACUGAAACCCCAACUGACCCUAACACUCCCCAGGCAGAAGGUUUGGAGCCCGAUAGGCCCGCCGAGCCUGUCGCUCAUCCUCCUCAGCCUAUCAGAGAGGCCGACGAGCGGUACCGUAAGAACAUUCAGGGCUCCCCUCAGACCGCCCCUCCUCCCAAGCAGCCCCCUCUGCCUCCCCGCUCCUCUGAACCGUUCUCCAACGGCGGCCCCUCCGAGGCCUCCGCCAUGCACCGGCCCAUGGAGCCUCAGGUCCAGUGGUCCCACCUGGCUGCUCUAAAAAGCAGCAACAGCGCCGCCCCCUCUCCUCCUCCUCCUCCGCCGCCCGUGGUCUCUCGCUCCCAGUCCUUCAGCGAGCCCGGCGGCGUGACCUCUAGCUUUGCACAACUCCACCUGCGUUCCCAGGACCCCCACCAUCACCACCACCAUCAUCACCCAUCGCCCGCACGCACUGACCCCCAGCCCCAACCUCCCCUCCACCACCCUCAGGCCCAGACUAGGGCCGAACACCAGGCCAGCAACGAGGAGGUGCCUCCCAAGGUGCCAGUGAGGACAACAUCCAGGUCUCCAGUACUGUCGCGCCGAGAGUCCCCUCUGCCGUCACAACCUGGCAACCAGGGCGUACAGAGGAGCGCUGGCGGUAACGUGGAGCAGCGCCCGCUGUGGGACCGAGUGGAGAAGCUGCAGCCUCGGCCCGGCAGCGGCAGCUCCUCUGGCUCCUCCAACUCCAGCUCCCAGGCCAGCCCUGGAGACCGCUUCAGACCACGCUCUUCCUCCAAGUCUGAAGGAUCGCCUCUCCAGCGGCCUGAAAACAUUCCCAAAAAACAAGAUGAAAAGAACCUCGCCAGGCCUACUCGACCAGCUGACCUGACUGCUCUGGCCAAGGAGCUCCGUGCUGUCGACGAUGUGCGGCCUCCCCACAAGGUCACCGACUACUCCUCCUCAAGCGAGGAGUCGGGCACCACAGACGAGGACGACGAUGAGGAGGUGGACCAGGAGGCGGGAGAGGAGUCCACUUCAGGAGCUGAGGACUCCAGAGCUGGAUAUUCCCAUGGCUUCUACAGGAGGCUGAGUAACGGGGAGACGGAGUCCGCUAAGACCAUGCUGGUCGAAGACUCCGAGAGCGACCAAGCCUCCACGCCCUCCAAGGACGGCACGCUGGUCAUCAGACAGAGCGCCGUUGACAUAAAGCGGUCGGUCAAUCUCUCAUCCUCAUCCUCCUCCUCUUCCUCGGCUGGCUCUGGUCACGGCCACGGCCAGCCGCAACCCCCCGGCCACGGCCUCCCAGAGAAAAACGGCUUUGCCGGCCGCAUACACCUCCUACCAGACCUUAUCCAGCAGAGUCAUCACUCCCCUUCCUCUACCACAACCAUCCCUUCCUCCUCCUCCUCCUCCUCUUCCUCCUUCCCCUCAUCAUCUAGCCAUGCCAGUCCUGCCAUGUCCCCACAGAACCCCCUGGACAAGCUCACUACCAUAGAGUCCCAGUCAGAGAGCAACUCCAUGUCCAAACACAAGUCCUCCUCGUCCUUCACUCCCUUCAUCGACCCACGCCUUCUCCAGGUCUCUCCAUCCAGCGGCAGCUCCCUCAACAACAUGGCUGGAUUUGGGCAGGACGGACGGCUGGUGGACCCGCUGAGGUCCGACCCGUCCCGUAAAGGCUCAGUGGUCAACGUCAACCCAGUCAACACGCGCCCGCCGAGCGACACGCCCGAGAUCCGCAAGUACAAGAAGAGGUUCAACUCUGAGAUCCUGUGCGCUGCGCUCUGGGGGGUAAACCUGCUGGUGGGGACAGAGAGCGGUCUGAUGCUGCUGGACCGAAGCGGUCAGGGGAAGGUCUACCCCCUGAUCAACCGGCGGCGCAUCCAACAGAUGGAUGUCCUGGAGGGACUCAAUGUUCUGGUCACCAUAUCAGGUAAAAAGAACAAGCUGCGAGUGUAUUACCUGUCGUGGCUCAGAAACAAGAUUUUGCACAACGACCCUGAGGUGGAGAAGAAGCAGGGUUGGGUCAAUGUGGGCGACCUGGAGGGCUGCGUCCACUACAAAGUCGUGAAGUAUGAGAGGAUUAAGUUCUUGGUGCUGGCCUUGAAGAAUUCUGUGGAGGUGUACGCCUGGGCUCCCAAACCCUACCACAAAUUCAUGGCCUUUAAGUCUUUUGGUGACCUGGUGCACAAGCCUCUGCUGGUUGACCUGACGGUGGAAGAGGGUCAGAGGUUAAAGGUCAUCUACGGCUCCUGCUCAGGCUUCCAUGCUGUGGAUGUGGACUCUGGUGCCGUCUACGACAUCUACCUGCCUACACAUAUCCAGACCAGCAUUCAAUGCCACGCCAUCAUCAUCUUGCCCAACACUGACGGGAUCGAGCUGCUGGUGUGCUACGAGGACGAGGGCGUCUACGUCAACACCUACGGACGCAUCACCAAGGACGUGGUGCUGCAGUGGGGAGAAAUGCCAACUUCAGUGGCCUACAUUAGGUCAAACCAGAUCAUGGGCUGGGGUGAGAAGGCCAUAGAGAUCCGCUCGGUGGAGACGGGACAUCUGGACGGCGUCUUCAUGCACAAGAGAGCCCAGAGACUCAAGUUCCUUUGUGAGAGGAAUGACAAGGUGUUCUUCGCCUCUGUGCGCCCCGGAGGUGCCAGCCAGGUGUACUUCAUGACCCUGGGACGCACCUCCCUCAUGAGCUGGUAGUCACGAAACCCUCACAAACAACCAGCCAAACACGACGACCGUACCUAAGCAGCGACCAACAGAUGACGAUUGUGACUAUGACCAAUGACGAUUAACACGAGAAAAACCGCCUCGAGUCUGAGCUGGAGAAGCGUCUCUGCGGCUUUCUCUCACCUGCUCGUGCAAACAAACCACAGAUUGGACUGUAAUCAUGAAAAGAAGCGAGGGAUGUGGGUGUGUAUUUUUUGGGGAGGGGGGGGGGGGCGUGCACCAUCACAAGUCCACUGAGUAAACUAUAUUACGACAACAACAGAAACCCCCACGAGCCGCCCGGUUCCUCUCACCCCAGCCUUGUUGCUCAACCUUUUUGUGCUGAACUCCACUCCUCCUCUUCCUCUUUGCGGGACGUGGGAUCUGUUGCCUGUCGAUGGUAAAAUCUUUAAUGUGUCAUAGUAAAACUUUGCAUCAUGUAUGUGCGUGUGUAUGUGUGUGUGUGAAUAGAGGAAAACACUGAGCAUAUGAAUGACUGACAAAGUGUGUUUGUCUGAAGGGACGAUACGAGGCUAAACGUGGCUGUUGCCGUAUUGGAGAAGGCGAAUACUGUAUGUGCCACACCUUGAGUUUAGCUGUUUUUGUGGCUGUGUUUAGUCCAGGUCCUGUUUGGGUAAAUUUCACUCCUAUUCCCUCCAUGAUAGAUUUCCACGUCAAGCAUGUCAUGAAACACUAGUUCACAGUCACAGUUUUACUCCCAUAAACACUGCUUGACUUGUAAAUCUGCCUCUGUCUUCACUUUUUUGCCUUCUCCUCCUUAAAGUGAAGAUUUUUUAAGGGACCUUCUGGAUAUAUCCAUUAAAAAACAGGGUACUGGAUAUCAGCUUGUACAUACUAACUACAUCAACCUUGUGGGCUUUAGACUCUCCCGGGUUUAACAGACACUUUCUCAACUUUUACCACAUUGCCUCACGUACUGUAGGUUAUGUCAAGACAGAAGUAGCCCUGUUUAUGACAGCAUGUUGCUUUGGUGUUAUUAACAAAAAAUUAUCCCCAGUUUUUAAUACACUGUAUAUUUUGUAUGUGACUUGCUGCACAUAAAUAAAGCAUAAGAACACAGGACACACCUGUAGAUGAGUUUUAAAGGAAGAAUCCACCCUAUUUAUCAUCAAUCUGUGAUAUUUUUCUGGGCUUUCCAGGAGUUGUUUUGUGAUGAAGUGUUGCAUUUUCCCUGGUCAGCUGCUUUGUCGACACCCAAACAACAAAAUACACCCAGAAAUGUGAGGUUCAUUACCAAUAGCUGUUUUCUUUUCUUUUGUCAGGUGGAUUUUUCCUUUAACAUCAGUCAUAAGUAGGGCUAGGAUAAACUGUGAAUUAGACAUGCAGAAUUAGCAGGUGGCCGUUAACGUAGCAUGGAGGCCAGUGGGCGGAAGUGACAGUAAGGGAAUGAAGGCAGCGUGCAUAGAUGUCACUCGAGCGGGUUGAGAAGAAGCUUUGAACAUCACACUCCACAGAGAGGAGGAGGAAGCACGAUCAGCUGAUGGCUCAGCUAAACGAUUGCCUUAGAAGGGUCUCAAGCUGAUUACAAACUGCUCAAAAUCCUCUGUGAAUGCUGAAAAACAUUUGGAUUUUGUGUACUGUUGGAACACUUUAGUCUGAACCAGCCAUGUGAUUCAAUAUUGGACCUCUUUUUUUUUUGUUGACAUUUUCUUCAGAUGGGCAGUUAGUUUACAGGGUCCAGUCUGGAUUGAAGACACAAAACAAAACAAAAAACACUACUUUAACUGGACCGUUACUCCAUCCCAGAAUUGUAUUUUACUUCGUUUUAUUUUUCUUCCUCACUCAUCCUCUGAAAACCCCCCAAUGACAAGGCAAGACUUGUUUGUCACUUCAUGUUAGGACGGUCUCAUUUCACUGUUAAAAACGUCAAAUCCAUCCUGUGGCUGUGCGUAUGUAUGAAUGAGAAAACUUGACAACAGGACUCAAAUCUGCAAGGUUUCACCCCCUUCGUGUCAUCUCGACACUCUGGCCCUGCUCUCAGUGAGCGUGCUGCCUUCACUGUCUCGAGGCGAGGGGCCUGCUGAGAGCUGCGGAACAUGGGAAUGAGAUGCUUUCACUGUCUGAUCAUCUGUGAAAAGCUAGGAAGGGGGGUAAAAAAAAAUAAUCACACGUUCGAAUAGCAGUGUUACAAAACCACUUCAGACGGCGUGAACUAAGCGGCAUAUUUUUAACUUGGACUUAGUUUUUAGUCUUGUUUCUGCAAUUUUUAUUAUGUAACCCUUCAGAUAAGUAUGCGACUGCAGUGGUUUUAAAUUGUAAUGCACACCUUAUGUUGGAAAUGUUUACAGAAGCAAUUGUUUUGUUAAACCAAUGUGCAUCGAUAUGAAUAUUUAUGGUUUAUUUUGAGGGCAGUUUUUCCCUGUUUUGUAUUUUGUAUUAUUCCCUUUUUGUACUAUCAUUUAGACGUUUAUGUACAGGAAUAAUCGACCUUUGCUCACGUUAUGAAUUACGCAAGUCCAGAGUGUGAUUUCACUGAUUCCUCUACAUCCUGCAUAGUGCAGUGUGCCCCUGGCUGUGUGGCAGCUUGGAUCAAAUGUUUUCUGCCUGCCAGGUGACAUGUUUCCCCUCAAACGUCUCUCUGCCAUGCCUCUCUAAUUUAUGUCCUCUCUGUGUGUACUAUGGGAAUUACUGUAUUUUCCUGAAGGUCUUUUUUUUCCAUUGAAUAAAAUCAGAAGUAAUUUACA